CUGCACGCACAGUCACGCACAACUCACGCAUUCCCCCCACUUCCUUUCUUCCCCGACACGGGCACGCACGCACACGGCUGCCCUGCGCCCACACACGCUUCGGCCCUUCCUUCCAAAAUCUAAACCCCACUCCGACCGCCCCCCUCCGGCGAUGCUGAUGCGUCGCCGCCGCCAGGGCCCGGUCCUCCCCCGCCUCCUCUUCUCCGUCCUCCUCCUCGCGUCGGCCGUCGCAUUCCUCCCCCGCGCGGCCGGCGAUGCGGCCGAGGCGGGCGACGAGGGCCGCGUGGGGGAGGCGGUCGCGGCGGUGGAGCGCGCGGACGCCGCGACCGCGGCCCUUGGGGCGGCCGAGGCCGGCGGGGAGGCGGCGCAGGGCAAUGCCACGACCAAGGAGCACAGCCUCGCCGACAUGAUCGACCGCGCGCUGGAGAAGGAGUUCCCCGACUCGGAGGGUGAACAGGGCGGCGGAGAGACGGACCCCGGCAGCUUCAACAACACGGUCGCGGAGAAGCAGGGAGUUCUGGAAACUGUGGCCAGAAGAGUAACGAAGAAGAAUGAGACCAAAGACAAUAACUCAUUCCCAUUCAAGGAGGUUUUCUUGGAUCGGUCAGAGCAAGAGGAUGUUCCCACGUUGAUUGAUCGGAAGGAUAAUGUUUUUAUUAUAUCAAAUCGGAAGUCGAAGUACCCUGUACUGCAGCUGGACCUUACGUUGAUCUCAGAUCUUGUUGUCGUUAUUGUAUCUGCUACAUGUGGUGGAAUUGCCUUUGCUUGCCUUGGACAACCAGUCAUUACAGGUUAUUUGCUUGCAGGUUCUAUAAUUGGCCCUGGAGGUUUUAGCUUUGUCAACGAACUGGUGCAAGUUGAGACAGUAGCUCAGUUUGGUGUGAUAUUUCUCCUUUUUGCUCUAGGACUUGAGUUCUCUACCGCAAAACUACGAGCUGUACGUGCAGUUGCCGUUCUUGGAGGAUUGCUGCAAAUUAUACUUUUUAUGUUCCUUUGUGGUAUUUCUGCCACGCUAUGUGGGGGUAAAACAAAGGAAGGUGUUUUUGUUGGCGUUCUUCUUUCUAUGUCUUCGACAGCAGUGGUUUUAAAAUUUUUGAUGGAAAAAAAUAGUAUCAAUGCGCUUCAUGGCCAAGUGACGGUUGGCAUACUCGUAUUGCAGGAUUGUGCUGUUGGUCUUCUGUUUGCACUUCUUCCAAUUUUGAGCGGCGCCUCUGGUCUUCUUCAUGGAGUUGCGUCAAUGACAAAAUCGCUUGUGCUAUUAAUAUCGUUCCUGGGAAUUCUCUCUAUCCUCUCCCGUACUUGUGUGCCUUGGUUUCUUAAGCUGAUGAUAAGUCUUUCGUCUCAGACAAAUGAACUGUACCAGUUGGCAGCAGUUGCAUUCUGCCUGUUAUUUGCUUGGUGCAGUGAUAAAUUGGGUCUGAGUCUUGAGUUGGGUUCAUUUGCAGCUGGCGUUAUGAUAUCGACAACCGAUCUUGCUCAACAUACUCUUGAACAAAUUGAACCAAUUCGAAAUCUCUUUGCCGCCCUUUUCCUUGCCAGCAUCGGGAUGCUAAUUAAUGUCCAUUUUCUGUGGAACCAUGUGGAUAUACUUCUUGCAGCUGUAAUUUUGGUGAUAACAAUAAAGACAUUUAUUGUCUCUAUUGUCGUAAAAGGGUUUGGCUAUAACAACAAAACAUCUCUUCUUGUCGGCAUGUCUCUUGCACAAAUUGGAGAGUUUGCUUUUGUUCUUCUUAGCCGUGCUUCAAGCAUCCAUCUGAUUGAGGGCAAGCUGUAUCUGCUUCUUCUUGGAACCACAGCGCUUAGCUUGGUAACAACACCCCUGCUAUUCAAAAUGAUCCCAGCCGUGGUCCACCUUGGUGUUCUUUUGAGAUGGUUUUCCGUCGAUAGCAAUCAGGUGGAGUUGGGCCUAAAAGGUGAAGUCCUCCGCAUUGAUAGCGGAAAGCGCAUAAAUUUGAUAAUCCAAGGCCCGCACGACUCAUGACACACUUGGCACACCGCAAGCUACUUUUAGUAUGGCUUAAGUUAGCGAGCUCUGUAAAGUGUUUCCGCAUGUAACGAAGAGUUUAUAGCGCGUAUGCACGGCCGGGCGGGAGUUGGAAGCAGAAGAAAUCAGAUCUCGUUCAAAGUGUGUGAGAUCGACCCUUCCCCUUAGCGACGACUGGAAAUGCAAGGGGAGGAUUUCGCCAGCCUUGUGAGCAGUGGAUGACGCGGGGCAGUGAGUGCACUGCUCGCGGUGUGAUCCCUCUAAUGAGGGUUUUCUGUAGUAUAAGAAUGUAAUCUGAUUGAUUGAUUGGUUGGAUUAGCGCGAUAGGAUUUAGGCUUGACCGGUACACCACUGUAUUAAUUCCACAAAAUGUGCAGAACGCCACCUGAUCAUGAAUUUUGCUGUGCAGUGAGUUUGCCAUUGUCA